AUGUGCAUUUAUGAAGAUCAGAUAGGCAAAUUCGAUUGGCGUCAAACUUACGUUGGAAGAAUAAAAUUCGCUCAAUUUGAUACAGUUUCAACUGCCAAGAAGCUCAUAGUAGCUACGGAGGAGAAUGUAUUAGCUGCCCUGCAUUUGAAAACUGGGCAGGUUGUGUGGCGGCAUGUGUUCGAAAGUGCCUCAACAGGCAAUAUACAACUAUUGCAUGUCAGUGACAAAAUUGUUACAGUCUCUGGGUCUAAUCCUUACCUUGUGAGGGGUUGGGAUUCUGGUACCGGAGUACUUUUAUGGGAAUGGUCAUUAACACUUCAAGAUAAUGACAAUGCUGACUUCUCCGAGUGGUGGGUGCAACAGGGGUUAUUGGUACACAUGUUACCUGCUUUCAACUCCCAUAUAGAAGUAACUAUGUACAAUUUGUUAACGGGACACAACCGUGGUGCAACAUCUAAGCUACCAGCUCCUUGGAUCAAUGAAGGAUGUGUUCUAACACCACCAUUUUACAGUUGCAUAUCUGGCAAUGUGGGUGCUCAACGCUUACUAUCAGUAGAUGUCACAUCUAAUGCUGUACAGAUCAUUAGUAAACCAUUGUUUGACUACAUAAGUUUAGACAUAUUUGAAGGCAAUCUAAGGCCACUAGAUGCGAAUAGUGCUGUACCAGGGUUCAUUAUUGACGAUAAGAAGAUUGUAUUGAUCAAGAACAAUGACUUUGAACUGCUCAGUGUAAAUGUUGCUGAUGAAUCUGCUAGCGCUUCUAUAAUUGAUGGCUCUAAUGGAGCAUUGUUGUUGCAAGCUUGGACUGAUAAGAUAUUGGGCUUCUCUCUCAUAGCACACAAUGUAAAUUCAGGCCAAGAAGUAUCAGAGUUAAAGUGUUCGGACCGUAACCUUCGUAUCCCAGAGGCAGAAAUAGCGGCAGUUAUGUGCACAAGGACGGCUAAAGAGCAUCAUGCUUGUAGGAUUUUGGUCAACGGAGCAGAUGACGCAAUUCACCUCAUGCAGCAAGGAGGUCGAGUGCUCUGGACACGUGAAGAAGCCCUCGCCAAUGUAGUAGCAGCUGAGUUCGUAGAUCUACCAGUGUCCGAAACCGAAGCGACGAUUGAGUCUGAGUUCGAUCAGAAAGAAGGUUCUAUCUGGGCAGCAUUCUCCAGACGCCUUCAGACCCAGUUUCAGCAGUUACAAACUCUACUGCACAGUUUCCAGCACAGAGACCGGAUGGUGGAGAAUUCUAACAGCAAUAAUUUAGUCCGCGAUUAUUUUAAUCUUCAUAAAAUACUGGUGUUAGUGACUGACGUUGGGAAGAUUAUAGGCAUGGACAACUUAUCUGGAGAAAUACUGUGGCGGCGGUACGAGCCCAGCUUGGACGCGGAGUCAGUGGGCGUGUUCACGAGGAGGACCGCGUGGCAUCCGCCAUACGACGCAUACCUCACUAUCGUCGGAAAACACGAGGAAACAGGCAACGGCCUAAUCAUAAGUUUGAACCCCAUAAAUGGUGAGCUUGUUGGUGAACGCUUUCUCCAACUGGACGCACGGUUGCUCCAGUGCGCAAUGUUACACCGUGCCGAUGAAGAGAAGCUACACGGUCUCGCAGUGCUCUAUGAAGACGAGAAUAUACAGGUGUUCCCCGUUUCAUCAGAGCGCUUAGUGAAGGACAUGUAUAUAUACGUAGCAGAUAGAGAAACAGCUAAAGUACAGGGUUACGCGCUCAAGUACGACGGCAAGUCCGCGUACGCGCAGAAAAUUUGGUCGGUGGCGCUGGGCGGGGCAGGGGCCGCGGGCCACCGCAUCGUGGCGGCGGCGGCGCGCAGUCGCCUCGAGCGCACGCACUCGCCGGGCCGCGCGCUGGCCGACCGCAGCGUGCUCUACAAGUACACCAACCCCAACCUCGUGCUCUUCCUCACCGAGGGACCCGAUCCCGUGCACAAAGAGGUGGUGCGCGCGGUGGCGGUGGACGUGGCGUCGGGCGCUGUCGCGGCAGCGACGUCGCACCGGCGCGCGCGUGCGCUGCCGCUGGCCGUGCACGCCGACAACUGCCUCGCCUACCUCUACCGCAGCGACAAGCAUCGCCGCCUUGAGAUAGCGACGAUGGAGCUGUACGAGGGCAAGGAGCGGUGGCUGCCCGCGGGCGCGGCGUUCAGUUCGUUUGCGUCGGAGCGCGCGCCGGCCGUGCAGCGGCAGGCGUACAUCCUGCCCGCCGCCGCCACCGCUGCCGCACCCACCGUCACCGAGCGCUCGCUCACCGACCGCCAUCGGCAGGCGUACAACCUGCCCGCUGGCACCACCGCCGCCGCACCCACAAUCACCGAGCGCUCGCUCACCGACCGCCAUGUGCUCUUGGCACUGACAACCGGCGCGAUAGUGGAGAUCCCGUGGGCAUUUCUGGACCCGCGGCGGCCCGCGAUGCCCACUGCCGAACAGCGUGAGGAGGGCCUGCUGCCGUACGUGCCCGAGCUGCCGCUGCCCGCCGACGCGGUGCUCAACUACAACCGCACCGUGCACCGCGUGAGCGCUCUCUACACGCACCCCGCCGGCAUCGAGUCCACCAGCCUCGUGCUCGCCACCGGCCUCGGUGAGUGUGCGCGCAUAGUUCGCGAAUGUACACGUACCCCGCUGGCAUCGAGUUCACCAGUCCCGUGCUCGCCACCGGCCUCGGUGAGUGUGUGCGCACAGUGCGCGAGUAUACACGUACCCCGCCGGCAUCGAGUCCACCAGCCCCGUACUCGCCACCGGCCUCGGUGA